CACAUUUUACGUCGAGAUCGACACUUCGCAAUAUUCUUCAAGGACAUCGAUUGCUCGUGCAUUCCGGAUAACGAACGACAAGAACCGGAAGAAUUUGGCUCAACUCCGGUUGGUCAACAAAAGCUUCUGUCACAGUGCCUCAACCCGUCUCUUUCGACACAUUAUAGCCAUAGCCCAUUCAUCGUACGACACCACCCAGUUACCAUCUUUAGGAAGGCUAGUGAACCUGUCCAAAAGCCCAUAUGCCCAAUAUACCUUGCCGCCUUGCUGUCUUCAUGCUUGCGUCAAUUUCAUAAUCUCAAAGCCCUCGACUUCCGUGGUCCGCCAUUGGCGCUCUUGCCCCAUGAUAAGAUAAAAGCAUCCAUCGACUCGAUACUCAUGUCGUUAUGCUACGUGUCUCUGCCCAACUUGACAGAACUUGAGAUUCAGUUACCAAUGACGAACGAUUUUGCCCCCUUAUUUGCCGAGAAUAUCAGCCCAUUGCGGAUACCGAUUGAGCAGACUCUUAGCCGCCUUCAGUAUCUCGGAUUGCACGUCUAUGCGCAGACAAACCAGCAAUCCUGUGCGGCUUACUUGUUGAGGAUCGUGGAGCUUUCAACAAACCUGACUUCCCUCUCACUCAGUAGCACCAACUAUCUGAGCAUUGAUAGUCUUGAACUCGGUUCAGAGGUUCACCUACGGUUUUUGUCCCUGUAC